AGAAGAGAGGAGAUGCGUUUCCGGUUAAACCGCCAGUCGUCGACAAUGGAAAAUGGUGCGCGCCGCGAAUCGCCGUGAAUCGACCCGACCGUCAUCGUCAUAAAUGGAUGAAUAGGAAAGCGCGCGACGCAGAAAUUGCAAAGCGCCGGAGGUCCAGGAUCUUUACGAGGAUUAGAAUGAAAAGCGGGAGGAAUUAUUUCUAACGAGAGAUACCGCAAUAGAGAUAAAUUCGCAACGCGGAACAAAAGAAAGAACGGAAAACAUCCGGAAUUCUCUCUCCUAUUCUUCUUAUGAAUUCUUCAUCGCAGAAAUAAGUUUCUUCUCUGUUUAUUCUAACUUUUAAUUUUCGAGCAAAAACUUCUCAUCGCAGUUAUCGAUUCGAUAAUUGCAUAAUUAAUUAACAUAGUUGGAAUUUUCCAGGCAUAAGGGAAUAUCGAGGAUGAGCGAUGGAUAAACCGUGGAAUAUCGAAUCUCUUUAAUUGGAUAAUCGAAUAAUCAGAAUUCAAGUAGGAUAAAUUAGAAUGGACAGAUGGAUAAAUGGAAGGAUAGAUAGAAGUUGAUACACGAAUAAUAAUUGAGAUUUGGAUGGGGAAAGAAGCAUUCUCGCGGCAGAUGGACUCACAUGCGUCAGUGGGUCAAUAUAAAAAAGUAGCGAGUGAUAGAAUGUGAAAGAAUCAAAGAAUCGAUGCCUAGCAAACUAUGUGUUUAAUUCGCUUCAUAGAAAAAUGGAAAAAUGAAGAAUAGAAAUCUUCGGAAGUCAUCGUGUGUCGAAAGGUAGCUUCGACAGCGAUCAAAUCUCUUGUCCCAGAUAUAUAACGAAGAUCUUUCACUAAGUUAUUUCAAAGAUUCUCGUGAUGGAGAAAGGAGAUGAAUUACCAGAUCGAAAGAACGGAAGGAUUUGUAUAUAUACGUUCGUUGACGAAGAAAAUUUAAUACAUUGCCCUCCGCCCGAUUCGGCGGACGUUCGUUUGCACUCUUCUGCACCAAUAUUCAAGUUCCGUCAUUGCAUACACAUAGGGGUACACGAGCAUGGGACAGGGAGCGGUGUCGUGAAGUGAAGCGGAAGGCGCGCGUCGUCCGCGCGCGUGUGGUUAACGGCGACGCGGCUCGAAGUGGCCGAGUGCCGGCGACGAUGGCGAGCUCGGCGGUCGACGGGGUCGGCGAUGACGGCACGACGGGCGUGACGGGCGGCGGGCCCAGGAAUCCCCUCACCUGCGGUGUCUGCCACGAUUACUACAACGAGCCUUGCCUGCUUUCCUGCUUUCACACCUUCUGCGCCCGUUGCAUACACGGACCGCACAUUGACGGGACGGUCAAGUGUCCCAUCUGCGGGCAACAGACGCAGUUGAAAGACGGAGCGCAGCUGCCACCCCCCGAUCAGCUGAUGCGUCAAUUGGUGGAAUUGGCGAACUCUGAAAAUCCACCAUGUGCCAAUUGCGACAAACGCGAUAAAUCCACUAUGUUUUUCUGUACGACAUGCGGUCAAGCGCUUUGCACACACUGCAGAGAACACACUCACCGUGCGAAAAUGUUCUCCACUCACGAAGUGGUGCACAUGAGCAAAUGCGCCAAGGACACCCAACGUCGCUGUCCGAGCCACGGCGAGCAGUAUAUAAUGUAUAGCCAGAGUGCCAAGUGCAUGCUGUGCGCCACGUGCUUCCGCGACACGCCGGCGGACGCGCGGGUGCACUGCGUGGACAUCGAGAGCGCCUGGCAGCAGACCUCGAAGAAGCUAGAACGCGCGGUGAAUUCCAUCUGCGAGCUCCAGGCCGGCAUCAGGGAUGGCGUGUUGGCGCUCAAGUCGCAGCUAGACGAGCUGCGGCAUAGCCUUGAAUCCGAGAAGCGCGCGUUGACCGCGUUCUGCCAAGGUAUGCAGGAGGCUAUCACCAAGACGCACGCGUACGUUCUCGCGGAACUGCAACGUCAAUUCGAGGCCAAGGAGCGCAUGGUGCGAACGCAGCUGCUCGCCCUGGGUAACGCCUUACCUGUGCUGCAAAUGCACCUAAUGCUAUGCACCGCGUUCACCAGUGGUGUGACCAAGUAUCAGUUUCUCGAACUGGCGCAUCCGAUGUUGGAACGGCUGAGUCGCGUCGCCCAGCUCGGCCAUCCGUCACGGCCGCCUCUGCUCAUGGCGCAUAUCAAGACGAAUUAUCGGACUGAUUUUGCGCGUGCCCUACAUCCCUACAUAGGCCAAGUACAGACGCCAAAAGCCGCCACCGAGUCCUUGUACGAUCAAACGGCCAGUGGUGGCCACACAAUAGGCCAGUCGGAACCACUGCUUCAGAGCAGCAAGACUGCUCAGAGAAUGCCGCCAAAGAGCGGAUCUGACGGCGGCCCCUUCUCCAAUCACUGUCGGACCUUCGACACUCAGCUCAAGGAACUAAGUCAGCAGUUGAUGACAGUGAAGGAACGACUGGGUGAGUUGCAGCGAGACGUUUCCGUUUUAAAGAGAGCAAAUACCCCGCCGUUGGGUACGCGUUACGAUCACGUGGCGAGGGAUUGCCGGGUGCUCGAACAGCAGUUGGAGCACCAUCAAAUGGAACUGGAACGACUGAGGAACGUCUUCGACGCGCUCUGGGAGGAACAGAUAUGCAGGAUUCACGUGGAAAAGGAGAUCUUCCAUUCGCAGAUGAACGACAUAUUGUCGCUGAGAAGCGAGGUGAAAAAGCUGCAGGUGCUCGCUCAGCAUUUGGAGCCCUUCGUCAAAUCGUUUUCGAUAGGCAUUGGUGCCGGGGAAGUGAGUAUGGCCGCGGCAGACGCGGCUGAUAAUCAGCAUCUACAAGCGCUGCUGGAUCAUUUGUCGCGCCUGCAGAUGCAAGAGCCGCCGCCGCCGCCGCCACAUCCGCAGGCUCAAGCACCGACAAAGGAUCAUCGUCAUCCACGUAGCACUGCCACAAGUGCCGACAAUGCGUUGUACAUGAAAGAAACGAAAGAGAUCCCGACGCGAUGUCGCACGCCGUCCGGCGGCGUCGGCGCCGUUUUGGACUCGAGCGGUAACAUAGUCGUAUACGGGACAGCCAAGUCAACUGACCCGAAACGCGGCGUGCUUAGUCAACUGAUCGAGAAAGCCAGAACACAGAAGGACGACCGUAAGAAGUCACCGGGCAGAGAGGAUGGCCGCGAUCGCAGCCAAAGUCGGCGUUCGCGCAAGUCGCCAGACAGCGCGAAACCGAAGACGCCGCCCGGACACUCGUCCGGCAGCAAGAUGCGAUCGUUGUAUCGUUCCCUGAAAGGCGGCACCGGCGACACCUCCGCCGAGGCACUCGACCAGGCGGAACGGUGCACCGAUUUGCAGCAACCGCAGUCCCACAUCGCAGGCGACGAGGGCGAGUACCAACGAAUCUCGGAGGCCUCGAGCAUGGGCGAAGCGAAGAAGCGCGUGCAGGCGCAGGUGCACGCGGUUCCGAUGGACGAUCAGAUACCGGCGAUUCCAAGCGGUAAGGCCGCCAAGAUCUAUCCGGCCAGCGAUUCCGAGGAGCUGUUCUACGGCGAUGGAAAGGCAGCGAGUGACGCGAGGAGGCGACGGCGCGCCAGUUGUGACAGCUUGAGCACAACCGGUUCCGGUAACAGCAGACGGUCUAGCAUCGCCGAUGGGACGGUAGGUCAACAAUCCGUCACGCAGGAUCCCCGGAAAACACUGGUCGUUUUGAUCGGACCGACCUCACGGACGUCGUCGUCUCUCGUGCAGAAGCAGCGCUCCUGGGAGACCUUCCCGCGGCCCAAGAGCAAGCGCGUCGUCGGCGGCGUCGAGGGUGCAGGCGCAGGGGCGUCGUCCCUCGGCCAACUGAAGAAAGCGGACAGCUUUGAGGGCCACGAGGAAGCGGUACGCACCUUGGUGGCAGCCGUGCAGGAGACGCGUUCCCAAUUGCGACAUCACCAUUUGCAUCACCAUCGUCAUCAUCGUAAGAGCAAGACGAAUUGAGGCGCUACUUUCCGUCGUUCUCAGUCUUACCCCUACUCGCAACCCCUACUCACGUGCAAGAAUUAUAAGUAAGGAAAUAUCGUCCGAGGAUAUCGAAUAGAUAUCUGCGAGCCUAUUGCAUAUAUAGAUAUAAAAAAGGGGGGGGAAAAAGAAUGAUCAAAGACUAAACGCCGUGCCCCAAGUGGCUUAAAUAUACAUGUUAUUUAUUAGCAACGGAAGCGUAUUGUUGUGAGAGUCGACAUUAUCGGUUUUUCGAAGAUUUUGGACAUUCUAUUAGUAUAACGAUAAUAAAUAUAUAAAUAUAACGGUAAUAAGAAAAGGUCUGUAUUCAGCGCGAUAUGGAAAAUCAGAAAUCUUUGUUAUCGAGGAGCGCAUCUUCGACAAAUGCACUCUCAUCUUUAUAUUACUUUUCGAGAGAUUUCUUUGAGAUCCCGACCAAACGCGCAGUGUGUGGGGUUUGUAUCCAUUCCGACAUUUUCGACGUUUGUAUUGUGUUCCUCAUCGAAGUUGUAUCGCGCACGAUGACACGUGCAACUUUCGCGAAUACCCUUUUGUAUAGCGAUUUAAUUGCAUUCUAAUAUCGAUGACGAAAACGUCGAAGGUCAGUAUCGCUGCCAUUGUAAACCCAGAUGUUAAAGGAAACGGAGGACGAAAAAGAGAGCACGAUUAUGCGAUUAUUAUUAUAUCGAGCGAAUAAUUGCUAUUCGUAUUGUUGAUACGACUUGCCUGAGGCAGUUGAUACAUGUAGAGCCUUGAUUAGAGAUAGCAAGAAAGUAAAACGUUUUCAGAUAAAACGCGCGUGUGCAAUGUACAAUAAUUGCAAAAGAACCGCGGUUGACGUUGCAAUCUAAACUAUAUAUACAGAUAAACGUCUGUUUUGUUUUUGAACGCGCAUUACUUCAGUUUUAUUAUCACAAAAGUUCUGGUUCGCGGAUUUUUUCUUCGUUUUUUCGUUAAAAUAAGCGGCUGUAUUCCCAUACACCGUAUCCAUACCGUAUGGUACACGAGUUUCCCUUGAACGUCAACGGGUCGGAUGCAUAGUCCAGUAAAGUACGUCGCGCAAGUCGAUCGGUCGAGUAAAGCGGUAAUACUUAGCUAGUAAACAACACUGCCAGUCGCGAUAUAUAUUACGAAUUUAAUCGACGAUACCCGAUUCGCGAAGAAUAGCCUAAUUCGAGCGUUUACUCGUAAUCGCCAAUAAUCGCGUUAAUAAAAAAUCGAGUCAUCGCCUUGCGACGUUUACUAUGGGCGCGUCGUCGCGCGGUCUUAGUCACGAUUAUGUAAUUAUCGAUUGUUCUCUACCGAUAAUAUUCACAGUUAUUUCAAUCCGAGAGGCGCGCAAAGAUAGAUCGGUAUUACGAGGAAUCGGCUCUUCCUUGUGAAAGUCAAUGCAAUCGUUAAUCGUUGUUUCGAAUUUAACUACGAGCGGAGACUUGUAAUCUUCAUCAGGAUUACAAUAAACGUUCUGAUUAUAGCGAAUGUAUGUACAUCCGUAAGUAUGUAUGAGAAAUGUCGAUUUUGCUGGUAUAGUAAAAUAUAUACAAGUUAAUACA